GGGCUCGCGCGCCGGCGCCCGCCGCGUCACAAUGGGGCCGGGGCCUGGGAAGGCAGCCGGCGCGCGCCGCUGAUCGAGUGCGGGGUGGGGUUGCCGCUGUCUCCUGGGCUGGGGCCCUGGCGCUCCGUGCUCUCGAAUCGAGCCGCGGCCCCGCCAGUGCUGGUGGUGGUUGGGGACCCUGGUUAGGGGUGGUGGCUGUGUCAGCCGCGGCGGCGGGGAGGUGACAGCGACCUGAACUCUCGGGGGCGGGGGCAGGGAUGCUGCCGCAGCCGCGGUCACCCUAGCUGCUGACCGACUCCACUGAGGGCCAUCUGGGAAGCGGUCAGGAGCGUGCCGGGGGCGUAGCGGGCAGAGCCACUGGGGCUGCGAGACUGGCAGCUUUGGCAACGAUGAUUCUCCGACAGGAGGCUGGGAGCCUGCCGCGGCGGCCCGGAGCCUAGGCGGCGCACAGCCGUAGCAGUGUGGCUCCGGGAGACCCCUAGGUCCCUCCCCGGACAGCGGCGGCGGCCACAACAGCGGCUUCGAACGCGGGGGGCCCCGGGUGCGCGCGACUCAUCCAGCUCCGCUGCCUCCUCCCCCUUCCCUUCCUCGGAGCUCGUUCCUCCUCCCCGCCCCCUCUCACCCCGACCCCUCCUUCCCCAGGAGAGAGCGAAAGAGAGGAUGGGCUCCCCCGUUCCGGGCAGCUGCGGCGGCGGCAGCAGCGGCAGCAACAGCGGCAGCGGUAGCUCCUCUUCCCGCGGCCAAGGCCAGCUAUGCGUCUUCCAGGACACCUCCUCCCGGGCCGUCGGGAUAGGCUUCUCAGCCCUGUAGGGAUAUGAAGCACUGAUUAAAAAGGACUUCCCCAAAUACUCACUUUGCACUUUUGACCGGGUACCAUGGACACCAAGGAAGAGAAGAAAGAGCGGAGACAAGGCUAUUUUGCUCGGUUGAAAAAGAAAAAGCAAGCCAAACAAAAUGCUGAGACAGCAUCAGCCAAUCCUCGUAGCACCACAACUACUAAGACUCAGGCUGGAAAAGAAGAUGCUAAAGCAGUUAUUUCAGAACAAGAUAAUUGCAGCAUUCCUGUGGAAGAGGUAGACUAUUUAACUGAUGAAGAGAAAAAAAAGAGAAAAAAUAAUCAGUUAAAAGAGAUCAGACGUACAGAGCUAAAGAGAUACUAUAACAUAGAUGACAACCAGAAUAAAACCAAUGAGAAGAAAGAGAAGAAGAUGGUGGUUCAAAAGCCCCGUGGCACUAUGGAAUAUACAGCUGGAAGCCAAGAUACACUUAAUACGAUAGCAUUGAAAUUUAACAUCACUCCAAACAAGCUUGUGGAAUUGAAUAAGCUUUUCACACAUACUAUUGUUCCAGGGCAGGUUCUUUUUGUGCCAGAUACUGACUUUCCUUCCAGUACUUUAAGGUUAACUUCAUCAAGUCCUGGUGCUACUAUUUCUCCUUCAUCAUCAGAUGCAGAAUAUGAUAAACUUCCUGAUGCUGACUUAGCAAGAAAAGCCUUAAAACCAAUUGAAAGAGUCCUGUCAUCCACCUCUGAAGAAGAUGAACCAGUAGUUGUGAAAUUUUUAAAAAUGAACUGUCGCUACUUCACAGAUGGCAAGGGUGUAGUUGGAGGUGUCAUGAUUGUCACACCUAACAACAUCAUGUUUGAUCCUCACAAAUCUGAUCCUCUGGUUAUUGAGAAUGGGUGUGAAGAAUAUGGGCUCAUCUGCCCCAUGGAAGAAGUUGUUUCCAUUGCACUCUACAACGAUAUCUCCCACAUGAAGAUUAAAGAUGCAUUGCCGUCGCCUGGAGAGUGGGAGGACUUGGCUUCUGAGAAGGAUAUAAAUCCAUUCAGCAAAUUCAAAUCUCUCAAUAAAGAAAAAAGGCUGCAGAAUGGAGAAACCACUACUCCCCUAAUUUCCGAGUCAAUAAAACCUUUGGAGAAGUCCACAGAUUACAGUCUUCUUAAGCCCUUUGGCAAUUCCAUUCUAAGGGAAUCAGAGACCUUGGGAUCUUCCAUGGAGGAACCUAACAAGCUGCCCACAAAGACUGCUGACAUUAAGGAACCCUCCAAGGCAAAAACUACAUCAGAUUCUAGAACCAAAGAAAACUCCCUUUUAGGAGAAGAUGAUGACUUUGUUGACCUGGAAGAACUUUCCUCCCAAACUGAGGGUGGAGGUGACAAAAAGGAAACUCCAAAGGAAUGCCUUUCUCUUGACUCAGAGGAGUCUAGAAAGACCAGAUCACAAGGAACCAAUUCCAAUUUAGAAAUAUUGAACCAGCCAGCAUUGGAUCUUUCAAGAACAGAGUAUGAUACUGAGCUAAAAGGUGCUCUGGAUUUAAAAACUUGUGAGAAACAAGAUAUAGGGCCUGAAGGGAACAAGCAAGCCAUUUCUCCCCUAAAUGAGGUGGAAUCAAUGUUAAAUAUUCAUGAAGAACUAGAUAAAGUUAAACUUAUUGAAUUUUACCUUAAUAAAAACAAGGAAGGGUCACAGUUAUUUGAAAACUUAGAAAAGGCAGAAAUUAGUGAUGGCAAAAGCAAUCUUCCCUUAGGUAUAGAUAUUACUCUUAGUAGCUCAGUUCCUCAGGCAAAUGAAACACUUGUUGAAGGCAGCAAGAAGUCAGGUGAAGGCUAUGAAAAAGAGCCAUUUUCAUUGAAAAUGGGUCCAUCUACAGAAGAGAGGAUAAUUAAAGAGUCUCUGGAUGCCUCAUUGGAAUCCUCUCUCGACAAGAGCUGCCAAGGUGCACAGGUGGAUAGUAAAUCAGAAAUCAGAUUGUGGCUGUUAAAGAGAAUUCAGGUACCCAUUGAAGAUAUGCUUCCAUCAAAAGAGGAGAAGAGCAAGACACCACCAAUGUUUCUGUGUAUCAAAGUGGGAAAACCCAUGCGAAAAUCCUUUGCUACUCAUAGCACGACUAUGGUACAACAAUUCGGCAAGAGAAGAAAGCAACCAGAGUACUGGUUUGCAGUUCCUCGAGAAAGGGUAGAUCAUUUGUAUACCUUCUUUGUUCAGUGCUCGCCAGAAGUUUAUGGAAAAGAUGCCAAAGAACAAGGGUUUGUCGUUGUCGAAAAGGAAGAGCUGAAUAUGGUCGAUAACUUUUUCAGUGAGCCAACAGCUAAGAGCUGGGAGAUAAUUACAGUUGAAGAAGCCAAACGGAGAAAGAGUACUUGCAGUUAUUAUGAAGAGGAUGAUGAUGAGUCCCUCCCUGUCCUAAAGCAUCAUAGUGCUCUCCUAGAGAAUAUGCACAUAGAACAGCUUGCUCGGCGACUUCCAGCAAGGGUGCAAGGAUAUCCGUGGAGGCUGGCAUAUAGUACUAUAGAGCAUGGCACGAGUCUGAAAACUCUGUACCGGAAAUCAGCAUCUCUAGACAGCCCUGUCCUUCUGGUCAUCAAAGAUAUGGAUAAUCAGAUUUUUGGGGCAUACGCAACUCAUCCGUUCAAGUUCAGUGACCAUUACUACGGCACAGGAGAAACUUUCCUCUACACUUUCAGCCCAAAUUUCAAGGUAUUCAAGUGGAGUGGAGAAAACUCUUAUUUCAUCAAUGGAGAUAUAAGUUCUUUAGAACUUGGUGGUGGAGGUGGAAGAUUUGGUCUGUGGUUAGACGCUGACUUAUACCAUGGACGAAGCAACUCCUGCAGCACUUUCAAUAAUGAUAUCCUUUCGAAGAAGGAAGACUUCAUAGUUCAAGACAUAGAAGUAUGGACAUUUGAAUGAAAUUCAGACUGCCUUAAAAAUAAAACUAAAAAGACUGAAUUCAAUCAGCCCUCUUCCAACUGGCUGGAAGAUGAAAUCCCAGCACAGGCUGCCUAGUAACAUCCCAUAAUGCUUUCUUUUGGAAACCAUCCCAGAGCAUGACUCCAUAAUGGGAAGAUUCUAAAAGCUACCUGGGAGAGGCAGAAAGAGAAGCUUGAGAAUGGAAGACUAGAUUAUUACUGGACUUUUUAUUCCCACCUCCCUCAAACUCCUACAAUAAAGAAUCAAGAGUGUUUAUAGAUGUAUGGGUUGAAGGCAGUUUUUAUUUUUGGUAACUGUGAACAAAGAUACUGUGGAAUUAUGUGUAUAGUUUAAGCCUUGUGUAUUUAUAUCAAUUUGCAUUAUCCAAACCUACAGCAUCAUAUUGUUUGCCAUGAAAAAAGUUUAACUUGUUUGGAGGACAUUCAAAAUUUGCAGCACUUAAAGGGAAUGUGGGAUUUUUUUAAAGAGCAAUUUUAUUUAUUGUUUUUAGUACAUUGUCUGAAAUUUGUUAGCAGUUUUUUCUUUUAAUGUUUUAAAUCUUGGAUUUAAAAGAAUGCCUACAUUUGUGUGCUGUUUUGGCAACAAAUUUAUUUGUUUAUAUAGUUUUAUAUUGACAUUUUUCAUUUUGCAGAGAAAAUGUAUUUGUUUUUAAUUUUGCCCUAAUUAUUCUAGGGUUAUUUUUUUUUUCAGCAGCAUCUGACAUAAUGUAUACAUUCCUAUUAGAGACAUUGACUGCCUGAUUUUGAAUUCUUUUUUAACUUCACUGUUGCCAACUUAACUAUCUUAGGCCAACUUGUCACUUCAGCAGUGGAAGCAAUAAAUGUCUUCUAGCAAGGGACCAAGACGUGUGCUCCUUCAUUUGGGGAUGAUAAGAGAAACUGACUUCUUUAUGAGAUGAGGCCAGCUUUAGAAAUUACUAGAUAAAAUAAAUAUUUUUGGCAGGGAAAAAUACCUUUUGAGUAGAAGAUAAUUCUUUAGCUCUUAAAAACCAUGUGUUUUCAUAGCAAAAGCUACAUUUUCCAGUCUGAUCUACUCUCUGUCCCCACCCCCUGCUUUUUCAUUAAGGGACAGACUUUCUGCUCGUAAAAGAGAGAGUUGGCUGACUUAUGGUUUCCUCUAUUUUUUUUCCUCUUUACGUGAAAAGUUUAAAAUUAGCCCAACGAUCUUUGUUUUGAGCCUUCUUUCAGUUGCCAGAGGCAGUGCCAGAAGAAACCUCAGUGAUUACAUGAGAAAUGAGAAUUUUUUUUUUUUUUGAAAAGGAAGACUGCUGUCUUUGGCACUGGCCCCUUUUCACAUCUUGAAAGUGCUUUAUUCAUUUUGCCAAGAUAACAAAAAGCAAAGGCUGUAUUGCUGAUCGAUAAAGUCUGAUAAGUACUAAGGAUUGUACUGGUAAAAAUAAUUUCAAAAUGAGAUUAGUUGGUCAUAAAUUGAAUCUACUUUUUUAAAGGUUACAAUUGAAAAGUUUUGUAUAUAUCUAUAUGAUAAAAAUAUGAUUCGGAAUUCUUAAGCUGGCAGCAAGUCUCCUUUAGAUGUCCUGUCAUUUAUAGACACUUGAAAGGGAACAAACCAAAAUGCCAGGUAGCCUCCUGGCAGAUCAGCAAAUCAUUUGCUCUACACACAUUCCAUGCAAUUUAAAGCAGCUGCUAUGAAAUAUUAAAUCUGUAACCUGCGUGUGCUUUUUUUUUUUUUAACAUGCCCAGAUCCUAUCCCUUCCACUUGAAAUACCAGUAAACACCAAAUUCUGGCAUAUCUACUAGAAACUUAGCUCAGUAGCUAUUCCUAGCAUCAUGUAUGUUGGUGAGAGAUAUUGGGAAUGCCUCAUGAUAAUCACAUGUGGCAUUUUUACCAUUUGUAAAUCACCCACUGGUAAGCAAAACAUUAACAUUUUGCACAUGUUUCACUCUUGUUAUCUACAGUUUAUUCCAUGAUACUGUAUUUGCCAGUGCAUAAUCAAACACUGUGUUCUCUAUUUAAAACAGUAUUGUUCGAUCAAAACUUUGUGACCCUUCAUCUAUGAAUAUUGAAUAUAUGUAAUGCAGUGCUAUCCCAAUAUUUUCAAUAAAGGAAUUUAUGCAUUCA